AUGUAUUGCACAUCCUCUCACCAAUCUCCAAGCUCAUCCAAUCACACGUUCCACGACGACGACGACGCCCGUGAAGUCGCUCCCUUCCUGCGGACUCUGCGGACGAUCUUGACCUUUGAAAGCGAUGACAUCAUUCGAUGGACACCCGAUGGCCUGGCGUUCGAGGUCGUCGACAUGGAAGCGCUGACGUCCGCCGUCCUGCCGCACUACUUCAAGCACAACAAGUACUCGAGUUUCCAGCGCCAGCUCAACUACUUCCACUUCAAGAAGUGGACCAAGAGCCUCGUGCACGUGUGCACGUUCUCCAACACCCACUUCACGAGGGACGAUCCCCUCUUGAGCCUGUGCAUCACAAGGAAGCGAUCCCGCAAGGACAGCUCACAUUCCAUCAAAUUAGCUAGCAUCGAACCCUCUUCGUUGCUACUGAUUGACGAUUCAAUCGAAGACCUUCUCACUGAAGCCGACUUGGAGGAGCUCGUUCAUUUUGAACUGAUGGGUGAACCAUAUGGCGCUGUAGACCCCAUCUCGUCAAUGCACGAUGGUCUAGUCGUGGAGUUGUAA